UACAGUUAACAUGGAUCUUUUACAGUGUCAGAAAUCAUUGUUGGAAAAAAAAAAGAAGCAGAAUGUCAAAGAUGAAUUGAAGUUCGUCAUUUCAUUUCAAAAGUUGAAGGUGACUAAAGAGGACAUCUUAUCUAGCUUGAAAGACGAAAACAUAAUAGGAAAUGGAGGAUCAGGUAAGGUCUAUCGAGUUGUGAUCGACCAAACAGGUGAAACUUAUGCUGUUAAAAGCAUAGGGAAUGGGAAAAUAUCAGGUGGAAGACCCCUUUUGGGACCCCAAAAGGAGUUCCUGGCAGAAGUCAGAACACCUGGCAGCAUUCGACACAACAACAUUGUCAAGCUCAUCUGUUUCAUCUCGAGUGCAGAUAGAAACCUUCUAGUCUAUGAAUACUUUGAGCAACAAAGCCUGGACAAAUGGCUUCACAGAAAGAAAAGAGCAAUAUCACCAGGUCAAAUUAGUACCCCGGCCGUGGAUUGGCAAAAGAGAUUAAAAAUAGCCACUGCUGCAGCUCAAGGACUAUGCUAUAUGCACCAUGAUUGUACUCGAACCAUCAUUCAUAGAGACAUUAAGUCCAGCAAUAUCCUUCUGGACUCAGAAUUCAAUGCAAAAAUAGCAGAUUUCGGACUAGCAAAAAUACUAGCCAGGCAGGAUGACAAUCCUGAGACAGCUUCUGCUAUUGCUGGAACUUUUGGUUACAUUGCACCAGAGUAUGCCUCGACAUUCAAAGUGAAUGUAAAGACUGAUAUCUAUAGCUUCGGAGUGGUGCUAUUAGAAUUGACAACAGGGAGAGAACCCAUUCUCAGAGAGGACCAAAUGAAUCUAGCACAAUGGGCUCAAAAGUGUCACAGAGAGGGGAAUUCCGAGGCCCUCGAUGAAGAAGUCAUGGAAACAAGUAAUUUGGAACAAAUGAGAGGUGUUUUUAAACUCGGACUGAUGUGUACUGGAGCAUCACCAACUGGUAGGCCGUCAAUGAAGGAGGUCUGCAACAUUCUUCAAAGCUUUAGAGACCCCAUAUUUUGAGAGUAUAGAAUGUAUAGUCUUACAUAGUUGUAAUUUUUUAACAGAAUGAGAAAGUCGUGUUGUAACGAUUUCUUCCAGCGAUGUAUAUAGUAAUAGUCAAUGGUUUCUCAACAUUCAACUUCACCAAUACUAAGGAAACUGUCAUAUUUAUUUGUUAAUGUAAUUUUUUGUAAAGCCUUCUCAUGAUACGUGGGGAUAAUCUUGUAGGAAGUCUAGUUCUGUUAGUUA